AAAAAAAAAGUGUGGCAGACCCAGCACCAAGCGCCAUUCUUUCCCGUCAUCCUAAGGAUAAUCGCUCCUUCUUUUGUAAGUGAAGUCAGUCGAUGGAGACAAGCAUCUUGUCUCCGGACCUAUCAGCUUACAAGAAUUGAAUCAUUGAAAAGUCCCUUCUGAGCUAGCUCCCCGUUUCUGCCUUCCCCAGCACCACUUGCAGUCCCUCUUCGCCCACCUUUGCCCCCCAUCUAAUCCCCUUCCUCGCGGUUGCCAUCGUUGCUCCCUUGCUCUUGCCUGCGUCGUCUUUGCUCCUUCCUGCUCUGUCUGUGUCGUCAACAUCCGUAGACCGCCUCCACCCUCGGCUUCAACUCUCCAGUCUAAAUCUAAACCCACUCGUCAAUAACAAACCAAACACUCCCACCCCCUUCGACUAUCUAUCUCUCCCUCCUCCUUCAUCAUCUUCCAUACCUUGCCUUGCUGCCUGUGCACAUAAACUGCAUCACCGUCUGUUGCCGUGCCCUCGCUAGAUCAAUCAAUACAGUAGACCCUUAUAGAUCUCUUGGAUCUGUUUCAACACUUGAGGUUACUACGUACAAUUGCUCAGCGAAGUCCUGGUGACCUUGACCUUUCUCCCAAGCCGACAGUCCAUCAUCUUGUAGACAGCUCGACUAUUCUCCAAUAUUGUCCCUCGUCUCGCUUCAACACAAUCGCCAUGCCUUACAACACGCGCCGAAAGUCGCUUUCUUUACCCAGUCUUGGGAUUCAUGUCCCAAUGACACAUGCUGCUCGAGCUGCUGCUGCUGCUUCCAAGAACGCUUCGAGAUCGUCUUCUUCGUCUUCAUCCAGUGCUGCUUCAUCGGCCUUGUCACCGCCCUCGUCUGGCUCCGAGGCCCCCGAAGCGCAUCCCAAUAAGCGACAGAAGCGAUCGCAUUCCGACGACAUUGCCAUUGAGCAGACACCUCCUCCUUCACCUACACCAGGCUCAAGCCUCGACCUUGAUACAAAUCAGCCCGCCAUUGACUUCGAGACAAUCAACGACGACAUUGUCGAGGCAGUUAUUGUUCAAUUACAGUCAACUGGAAACCGUCCUCACCUCGUCAAGGAGCUUGCUACCGUUCUGGCACAACGUCUUACCUCUGUUCAACAUUCUGCCAACCCUUGCGCAAUCAUCUCUUCAAGGCUGGCCUCAUAUGCUAAGCGACAAUGCUGGAGUGACACAAAACUAUGCCCUCUCGCCAAGGAACUUGAGAGCGUCCACCCUCGAAGGACCUAUUAUUUCCUCACCACCUGCCCUCGUCAGCCCAUUCCCGAACCCAACUCCACAGUGUCUGCUCAUGCCGCCCUCGAAACUCCUUCGGUGUCUCUGACGGAUGAUUCCGGCUCCGAUGACGAUGCUCGCCGGCGGGAGCUCAGCCCAUCGCCUGAGGUUGACCUUUCUGACCAUGGAUUCGAGGAAGGUGACGAUGAUGUUAUUAUGCCUCUUACCCCCAUCGGCUCUCUUCCCUCUCAUCACCGUUACGUGCCAAACCGCCGCAACAGCCGUCACAACUCACCGCCUCUGGAAAAAGAUGAGCGGGAGUUUACACAAACGGCCGACUUCUUGCAGAAACGCAAGUUCGCCGAGGUCACCCCUGUUGCUGAGUCCGCCGAUCGCACCACCCACACUUCAGAGUAUGGGUACCGCGACGACUUCUGGUUCGGCGACCAUCGCAUCUUCACCUCAAAUGCCCUCCUUACCAGCCCCGCGGUAAAGCCUAGCUCCAUGUCAAACAUGGCAUCCGGUUUGCGAAAAGAGGACGAUGGUGAGAGCUGGCUAAAGUUUAGCAAGCUUAUGGAAUGGGACCGCGGCGCUGAGAGCAUCGAAAUUGAUGAGCUUGAUUGCUUACUCGAUACGUGUUGAGCAAUUGCGACUUCUUUGGGCAGGCGCAAGGGGUCAGGGAGAGACGAUUGAGAUGAUUUGAUUCCGUUAUGUCUGCGACGACGGAUAUACGACAUACUUACAUACUAAUUGCAUGGAGGGGCGCCUGUGGAAGUACCUGUAUAUUUAGACAAGUUUGGUGUUUUGGUUUGAUUGGGUUUGGACCGGGACUGGGAUACCUGGAAAAGGGAAUCAUGGCAUCCCAUGGUUUUGAUUAUCUGGCGUUAAAAAGGAUGCGGAAGCUGGGAUUCUAAAAAUGCAAUGCCGCUCAUAGUGCUUCGACUUUUUGAAUAUUGUACAUCACCCUAUAUUCUACAACCCAUCUCAUUCCUUUCAUAUCAAUCAUUUGCAUUAUGUGAUGCCUUGAGACGUCAUGAGGCUUUGUCGUUGACCUUCAACUCAACCCAAACCAAUGUGCCCAUUUGCAUUAUAUUCGGUCGCUCGACCUUGACGAUUUCAAGGCCUGGUGUUUUAGCGACAGCCUCUUCGACUAGGCCCUCGAUGUCGCGAUUCCACCAACAUCCAUAUUUUUCAAAAUGUUUGCCGGCAUUCUUAUCGAGAAGUCCAUUGACAAUACCGUACCAACCCUUGCCGUGUUCGAGCAGAAUGAUACGGCCUGAUCCUGGCUUUACAACCUUCGCCAAAUUAUUGACUACAGCGACGGGGUCUGAAACUGAACAUAAACCGAACGUCUGUAUAACUGUAUCGUAUUUCGUCGUCGCGGGAGUCGCGGGACCGGGAAUUGGGUGGUGAGCGUCGGAAUGAAUUAAUCGGAGCUGGGAAUCGAGAUACGAGAGUUGGCCUCCGGUGUGAUCGGCCAUGGUAGAUGCGCGGACGAUGGGAGCAGAGUUCUCCAUGGGCGGAACAGUCUUGACGAGUCGCUUUCGAGCAACAUCCAUCAUAUCAACCGAAAUGUCGAGACCAGUAAACGAUACUACGCCCUUUGGUAGCUUGGCACCAGCCUUGCCCUCCGCACGCAGGGUCAAUGGCUCCCAGUUGAAGUACUCCAAGUUUCGCCCUGUGCCCAUUGCCAACUCCAAAACAUGCCCGUUCGCGCGCUCCGCUAUGCGCUUUCGUAGCUUCGUGAUACCCAUCCACCACUCAGGAAGAGCCAGCUCCUUGUCGAACUGCUCUGCAUUGUCGCCAUCAAGAGCCGGUGGUCGACCGGUCGGUGUGGAGUGUUCGCCGGUGCAACUGCAGGGCGUCGCUUUGAAUGAUGCGGCAGCUGUGCCGAAGAUGUAGAAGCCAAGGGCACCGGCGAGAAGAGCUGCGCCGGUCAGAGGGAGCCAUGUCGAUGCCCAGAGAUCGCGGAGGGUUUCGGCUUGUGCAGGGGUUGCAGAGGUCGACGAAUUUGAGGGAGAACGCUGAGGCUUUCUGGGCGUGCUGUAUCAGUACGAUUGAUCCGACAUCGUAUAUAUAAAGGAGUCGUUACGGUUUGUAAGUUUUUGAGAUCUUGGGUGGAGGGCGAGAUGUUGGUGUUUUGAUAUUAGGGCGGGGAGGUCGAGGAGUAGAGCUCGCGAAACGGCACUGGAUGCGACAGGCUCUCAUAACGAGGCCUCGACUCGGAGAGAUCAUUACGAAGACUUUUCCAUGGAAUUGAAGCGGUUCGUGGUGUUUUGAGGGUAUCUGAAUUGUCUGAUUUUAC